AUGAUGCCGAGGGGCCUUUUGGAUCAUUCAGCAACCUGCAAUGACCAUGGCGACUCAAAGACCCAGCCCCAGUUGUAUCAAUUACACGGCAUUGAUAUUCCUUCCACACAGGACGCCAUAGUCACGACUGAGGUAGGCCCGUCGCUUGCUUUGCGGCUCCAGCGUAUUCCAGUUCGAGAUCCAGAGAUAGGAGAAGCCGUUGUCAAAAUGCUAUGCACCGGGAUUUGUCGGAGUGAUAUAUACUUCUCAGUCGGGCCAGAACCUGGGUUCUCCCAGUAUAAUCACAUUGCAGGGCACGAGGGCAUUGGCCGUGUCGUCCAAUCUCAUGAUCCUGCUGUCUUGGGACGUCUUGUCGCGAUCCGAUUCCUUGCAUCAGCUUGCGACUCAUGCGGAUAUUGCCUCCGCGGUCUUCAGACAUCAUGUCCUCGGCAGCUAAACACUACCAAGGACAUCAGCGGUACAUUUCAGAUGUUUGCCACGUUACCAGUGUCAUGCCUUUUGCCAUUGUCUGAGGAGAUACUCGACAAUGACGCCCAAAUCAAGUGUUGUGCCGCGCUCUGCUCUGGGUCUGCCGCUUUCAGGGCGCUCCGAGAUGCUCAAACCCAACCAGGCGAUGUUUUGCUUGUCGUUGGCGUUGCUGGUGGAAUCGGUCAUCUUGUGGGCACAAUGGCCAAGCAUACAUUGGGCCUAAGAGUCAUCGGAGUCGACAAGCAGUCCAAGAUCGAGUCUUUGACAGCUGAGCAAGCGGGGAGGAUAGCUCAUGUGCUCAUUCCUGCUCCAGAGCAAGAUGUCGAUGGUCAAGCAGGGUCCUGCUGCUUCAAGGCAGCGCUGCUUGAAGCUUGUACGAGUCUCAGAGGAGGCAUUGGAGUAUUACGAGGCGCCGAGACGGUCAUUGUGGCGGCAAGUGAGAUGGGAGCUUUUCGCCAUCUGGAGGACUAUGUCUGUGAUGGAGGUCAGGUCAUUUGCCUAGGCGAUGUACCCGAGUACAUGGAUAGACUCCAGCAUGGUACGGCCGUUGGCAAAAUUGUUGUGCGAAUAUCACGAUGA